AUGCCUAACGGAUUCCCCGCCUUCCGUUUCGACCCCACAACCGCCCCGCGCUACCUCGUCAAAACCGCCAAAACCUCUUCAGACACAGCAUCAUGCUACACAGACUCAUCGCUGGAAAGUACAGAGACUGCCAAGCUUUCCAAGUACCAGUACCCUACUGAACGAGAUCCUCCAAAGAAAUCGCAUUCCAAGCCGAAGGGAACGUUCCAGAGGCUUUUCGGAUGA